AUGUAAAACGAAUGUUUUGUUCCAGAUGUACCUCGCUCAAUAUGGUUACUUAAGUCCACAAGUUCGGAACCCAUCCAGCGGGCACAUUAUGGAUGAGAGCUCGUGGCGACGCGCUAUUGCAGAAUUUCAAAGCUUCGCUGGUCUUAACGCAACAGGUGAACUGGAUGAGGAAACAUCGAAAGUAAUGUCAUUGCCGAGGUGUGGUGUGAAAGACAAAGUUGGUUUCGGAGAGAGUCGUGCCAAACGAUACGCGCUACAGGGAUCAAGAUGGCGUGUAAAGAACUUGACGUACAAGAUCUCGAAGUACCCCUCAAAACUGAACCACGCCGAAGUCGACGCCGAACUUGCCAAGGCUUUCUCCGUGUGGACCGACUACACCGACCUCACCUUCACACAGAAGAGAAGCGGACAAGUUCACAUCGAAAUCAGAUUCGAAAAAGGAGAGCACGGUGACGGCGAUCCUUUCGACGGACCCGGUGGCACCCUCGCUCAUGCCUAUUUUCCUGUGUAUGGAGGCGACGCGCACUUUGACGACGCUGAGAUGUGGUCCAUCAACUCCAGGAGAGGGACCAAUCUCUUCCAGGUGGCGGCGCACGAGUUCGGUCACUCGCUGGGUCUGUCGCACAGCGACGUCCGCUCGGCCCUCAUGGCACCGUUCUACCGUGGCUUCGACCCCGCUUUCCAACUCGACCAGGACGACAUUCAAGGCAUACAGGCUCUGUACGGACACAAGACGCAGACGGAUAUAGGCGGUGGUAGUGUGGGUGGUGGCGGGCUAGUGCCAUCAGUGCCGCGUGCCACCACGCAACAGCCCUCGGCGGAAGACCCCGCGCUCUGCGCCGAUCCCAGAAUCGACACCAUCUUCAACGGCGCUGACGGCUCCACAUUUGUGUUCAAAGGUCUUUUUUUGAUAACUCAUUAA